AUGAUCACUCAUCAUCAUGAUGAUCAUCAGCAGCAGCAGCAGCAGGGCAGCAGCAUUCUGGGUCUGGGAACUCGGUCUGGUUACUGUUUUUCUUCCUUUAUCCUCCUCUGCUUGUUGUUACUCUCAUCCUCGUCACUGCUGUGUGCCUCCUCCCCUCUCACAACGCAGCCUCUGAAUGAGUUUGCUCUGAUCGCUGUGCCUGAUUCAUCCUCGACCACGACUGUGACUUACCCAAACGGGCAACUGGUCACGCAUAUUUCCUCGGUCUCUGCCAACCGUGACCUCGAGGAUCAGAUUCGCCAUCAACAAGACGAGGUCAGUUGGCCAGUCGCAUCGGCCCAGUCGCAUCCGCACCCCGCCGAUUCGGCCGUUUCUGCGAGUGCCGGUCAACAGAUGGUGCGCGCAGCAACCGCAGCGAUUUUCACUCUAUCCUCCUUGAUUGCCUACGUCGUGAUCAACAGCGUCGCUCGCGCUGUUAAUCCAUCGGCGUUCAUUUGGUACGAGGAGGAUCAGGACGAGCGUCGCUGGAUUUCGUCAUCUUCGUCCUGGCUAGACCGGAAAGCUUGCCGCUGGCUCGGCCUAUGUGGGACCGCCCACUUUCGCCUGGUGCGUCCCCGCUUCGGUCACCGCAAGGCCGUCCCGGAGGCUGGCCGAGGGUCCGAGGACGAGGACUUCUCCGCUUGGCGUGCCGCCCAAUUCAAUGAUUCCGCCCAUCCAGAGGCCGUCUGGGACGAGGCCGAACGCUCCCGCCGCGAAAUCCCAGACUACGUUUUUCGAUAUGCGCCGCUCGUCCAUCUGUUCUCGGAUGAGCAGUUUUGGCCCUGCGAUAUCGCCGAACAUCUCUACCACAUCACUCCGAUGCUCAAUUACACUCCCGUUCAGUCGUAUUGGAAUCAUCCCACCCUCCAUGAUCUCGACCAACUCAACCAGUGGCAAGAGGGACACAAUGUGUUUCUCACCAGCAAUGACAAUGUCGAACAUCGACCGCCGUGGAUGGAAGGCGACAAGAACAUCCCGGAUGACCCCUAUAGUGAUCUGGAACAGUCUUGGCCGGACUGGGAUGCGCGGAUCGAUGGGCCCAUCCCCAAUGAUGCACCCGGCGACCGAGCCCAGUGGUACGACGCAGCUCACGCCUUGCGUGAAGGAGAGAAAUUCAAUGACGGCGACGACAAUGCUGGGUGGUCGCCUGAGAAACUUGGCUAUUUGCGCCCGGAAGAUUUGCAACAAGAUGAGAGUUUGCGGGACGAGCUGCGCAAACGGUUCGGCGGUGAUCCCAUUCAUGUUGAGACUACGGGUGGGCGCAGCAAUGCGCCAGCCAUCUUACUGGUGAUGGACAAAGGCAACGGCAUUGUGGAUGCCUUCUGGUUCUUUUUCUACAGCUUCAACCUUGGCAACGUGGUGUUGAACGUUCGGUUCGGCAACCAUGUCGGGGAUUGGGAACACUGUCUUGUACGAUUCCACAACGGCCGGCCAAAGGCCCUCUUUUUCAGUGCACACUCAGCGGGCGAAGCAUACAGUUAUGAAGCUGUCGAGAAGAUCGGCCAACGGCCGGUCAUCUAUUCUGCAUUGGGCACCCACGCUAUGUAUGCCACUCCCGGUGUGCACGCCUACAUCCUGCCUUGGGGCUUGCUGCACGACCAGACCGAUCGCGGUCCCUUGUGGGAUCCGCUCUUGAACGUGCAUACAUACACGUAUGAUUUUCCUAGCGACAUUCUCCGGGCCUCCACUGUCAGCCCCGCCGCCCCGACUGAGUGGUUCUACUUCAAUGGGCACUGGGGCGACAAGUUCUAUCCGCUAGGCGAUGAGCGCCAAUACCGUUUCGCGGGUCAGUACCACUAUGUUAACGGGCCUUUAGGCCCACGUUUUAAGCAUCUGAAUCGGCGUAAGGUCUGCCAGCAAGCCGAUGACAGCCCUUGCGUCAUCAAAAAUUACAUUGGGGAACAGGCUCGGCCCCGUCGAUGGGCAAGUGCUGGUCCCUGAACCCUGGCGAGAAUCCACGCAACUAGAGGCUAGUCUCGGAUGUCUAUACUAACUGCUAUUUGUUACCAUGCUUAUUUCUACUUUGUUACUUUCGGUGGGACAUAUACCCCUGCAUGUUGUUUUUUUUCUUUUCUGCAUGAUUGCAUUGAUGACUGGCGUCAUGAUUGAUUUUGGGCUGGAAACCAAAGAACUAUGAGGUGAUGAGAGACAUGAAGUCAUGGAGUCCUUACCGCUGCUCACUCCGCCUAUAUCUUGUACAUCGUUUAUUUUGUUCUAGCCGGAGACUAUGAGUAGCGGAGCCAGGAUCUGUUCUUUUUUUGUUACUAUCUUAUGAGAGUUUUCCGGUUACUGGAUAUAUAUUCGAUGUGAAUGGAUGGCGUGGUAUUCAAUGGAAGCAAAUUCUAG